AUGGAUAUCAUGAAAAGAGAAGUUCUAGUUGUAGUGUCAUAUUAUUUACUACUUGUUUCAACAGGGUUUGAAGUUUAUGCGAGAGAUUAUGACUACAGUUAUACAGCCGAGUGUUUGGAAAGACCUCUUAAACCUCAAUAUAAUGGAGGGAUAGUGGUAAAUCCAGAAUUUAAUGAUGGAUUAACUGGAUGGACCCUUUUCGGGGAUGCUAAAAUUGAACACAACGUUGCAAAUGAUGGAAAUAAUUUCAUUGUCGCCUCAAAGAGAAAAGGACCGUAUCAUGGUUUCUCACAAGAGUUUCAAUUGGAAAAAGACAAGUUCUAUGUGAUUUCUGGAUGGCUACAAGUGAAUCAUGGUGAUGAUGCCAAUGUAGCAGUCAUAUUCAAGACACAAAGUGGUUUUCAACAUGCUGCUUGGGGGAUUGCUAAAUCUGGUUGUUGGUCUAUGUUUAAGGGUGGCUUAGUUGUUAAUGCUUCUGGUCCUGCUCAACUCUAUUUUGAGACCAAUAAUGCGGAUAUUGACAUAUGGGUAGACAGUAUUUCAGUACAAUCAUUUAGCCAAGAAGAGUGGACGUCUCAUCAAACUCAAACCAUUGAAAAGGUACAAAAUAGAACUUUGAAAAAUUUGUUACUCUAUGGUACGCAAAAGUAA